GGGGGAAGGAUGGGGUGUAAAUGGUUCCAAGCUUUCAGUGUAUGAUCUCAUGUUUUUUUUUGUUAUUACACUGUUCUGAGAGGAGUCAGGUGACGGACACGCUGAUGAUGACUGUGUCCUUGGUUUUUCUCACGCAAUCCAUCCGCCCCAGAAGCAGCCAGUUUUUCUAAGUGCAUACAAGGGGGGGGGAGAAAGGAAAAUCCUUUAUAAAAUUCCUGUUAUUUUUAAGGGGGGGGGGGGAGAGGGAGGAAUGUUUUCGCCAGGGCCUGGUCUUUUUCCUGUGCAAAAAAAUCUUCACUGCAAGUCUCCACUUCUUUUUCCAAAAAAACAAGCGACGUAGUGAACAAAAAAUGCAGGAGAUACAGAUUGUUUACAAAAGAAUGUGCCCAAAUAUGUCUUUCAUAAAGACUUGGCAAGAAGAAGGAGAAGCGGUUGAUUUUCAUACAAUCAAGUUCAUUGAAAGAUUGCUUAGUUUCAGAACUUCCAAGAGGAAGUUCCAGAAUUCCAAUCCAGUUUUCAGCACGGCAAAGCUGCUGAAGCGAUGAUCACUCCAGAGAUCCCAGUGUUGCAGGAGUCAACUAAUGAAACAACUAUUCAUUCUGAUGUUGCCAGUGAAUAUGAUGACCGAGAAGUGAAGGGUCGGAAACGAAGAGCUCGAGGUCCUGGAAGGCCUCCGACUGCCAAGAAGGCCAGACGUGCUCCAGGAGAGAGAAGUCGUGCAGGGUCAGGUGGCAGAGCCAAUCUGGGAAAAGCGAAUGGCCAUCACCAGCAAAAUGGAGAGGUUGAACCAGUCACAUUGUUUGAGGUGGUGAAAAUGGGCAAGAGUGCCAUGCAGUCUGUGGUUGAUGACUGGAUAGAAUCGUACAAACAGGACAGGGAUAUAGCACUUCUGGACCUUAUCAACUUCUUCAUUCAGUGUUCAGGAUGUAAAGGCACUGUAAGAAUUGAGAUGUUUCGAAAUAUGCAGAAUACAGAAAUUAUUAGGAAAAUGACUGAAGAGUUUGAUGAGGACAGUGGAGAUUAUCCUCUUACCAUGCCCGGUCCUCAGUGGAAGAAAUUCCGAACAAAUUUCUGUGAAUUUAUUGGAGUGCUGAUCCGACAGUGCCAGUACAGUAUUAUUUAUGACGAGUACAUGAUGGAUACAGUGAUUUCUCUCCUAACUGGGCUUUCGGAUUCCCAGGUUCGAGCCUUUAGGCACACAAGUACAUUGGCUGCUAUGAAGCUGAUGACGGCAUUGGUGAAUGUGGCCUUAAACUUAAGUAUACAUCAGGAUAAUACUCAAAGGCAGUAUGAGGCAGAGAGGAACAAAAUGAUUGGCAAACGAGCAAAUGAUAGAUUGGAGCUGCUUUUACAGAAGAGAAAGGAGCUUCAAGAGAACCAGGACGAGAUUGAAAACAUGAUGAACUCUGUUUUUAAGGGUAUAUUUGUACACCGAUAUCGUGAUGCCAUUUCGGAGAUCAGAGCAAUUUGUAUUGAAGAAAUUGGUGUGUGGAUGAAAAGCUACAGUGAUGCCUUUCUUAAUGACAGUUAUCUUAAGUAUGUGGGGUGGACACUUCAUGACCGGCAAGGCGAAGUCAGGUUGAAAUGUCUGAAAGCUCUGCAAUCACUCUACACUAAUAAGGAGCUUUUCCCCAAACUAGAACUGUUCACCAACAGAUUCAAGGAUCGUAUUGUGUCUAUGACAUUAGACAAAGAAUACGAUGUUGCUGUGGAAGCAAUCCGAUUGGUUACUUUGAUAUUGCAGGGGAGUGAAGAGGCAUUGUCCAAUGAAGAUUGCGAGAAUGUUUAUCAUCUGGUCUACUCGGCACACCGGCCUGUCGCUGUGGCAGCAGGAGAAUUCUUGAACAAAAAAUUGUUCAGCAGACAUGAUCCCCAAGCUGAGGAAGCCUAUGCAAAGAGCAGAGGAAGGCACAGUCCAAAUGGAAAUCUUAUUAAAAUGUUGGUUCUUUUCUUCCUGGAAAGUGAGUUGCAUGAACAUGCAGCCUACCUGGUGGACAGCCUGUGGGAAAGUUCCCAGGAACUUCUGAAGGAUUGGGAAUGUAUGGCUGAACUGCUGAUGGAAGAACCGAUACAAGGAGAGGAAGGGAUGUCUGAAAGACAGGAGAGUGCACUUAUAGAGCUUAUGGUCUGUACAAUUCGUCAGGCUGCAGAGGCACAUCCUCCAGUUGGAAGAGGAACUGGUAAAAGGGUCUUAACUGCAAAGGAGAGAAAAACGCAGAUUGACGACAGGACUAAAUUGACAGAACAGUUUAUCGUGGUACUUCCUAUGUUAUUGGGAAAGUAUUCAGUUGAUUCUGAAAAGGUGGCAAACCUGUUGCAAAUUCCUCAAUAUUUUGACUUGGAACUCUACAGUACAGGCAGAAUGGAAAAGCAUCUCGAUUCAUUGCUGAAACAAAUCAAGUUUGUUGUUGAGAAGCACAUUGAGUCGGAUGUCUUGGAAUCGUGCAGUAAAACAUAUAACAUCCUGUGCAGUGAAGAAUACACAAUCCAGAAUCGAGUGGACAUUGCUCGCAGUCAGAUGAUUGAUGAGCUGGUAGAUCGAUUCAGUCAGUCAGUUGAAGACUUGUUGCAGGAGGGAGAAGAAGCAGAUGAUGAUGAUAUAUAUAAUGUACUCUCUACUUUGAAGAGAUUAACAGCCUUCCACAAUGCUCAUGAUCUUACAAAAUGGGAACUAUUUGGAAACUGCUAUAGGCUUCUCAAGAGUGGAAUUGAGCUUGGAUCCAUGCCUGAACAGAUAGUGGUACAAGCCCUACAGUGCUGUCACUACUCAAUUCUCUGGCAGUUGGUCAAGAUAGCAGAAGGCUCCCCGACUAAGGAGGAGCUAAUUGGUUUGAGAAAAACACUGAAAGCAUUUUGCAUCAUCUGUCAGCACUGCUUGACAAAUGUCAACCCCUCUGUCAAAGAACAGGCCUUCAUGCUGCUUUGUGAUCUCCUGAUGAUAUUUAGUCACCAGCUGACAACUGGUGGCAGGGAUGGACUCAAGCCUCUUGUUUACAACCCAGAUACUGGGUUACAGGCUGAGUUACUCAGCUUUGUAAUGGAUCAUGUUUUUAUUGAUCAAGAUGAGGAGAACCAGAGCAUGGAAGGAGACGAGGAAGAUGAAGCAAACAAGAUUGAGGCAUUGCACAAAAGAAGGAACCUCCUGGCAGGUUUCUGCAAACUUAUCAUUUAUGAUGUGGUGGAUAUGAAUGCUGCUGCAGACAUUUUCAAGCACUACAUGAAGUAUUACAAUGACUAUGGAGAUAUCAUUAAGGAGACAUUGAGUAAAACGAGACAAAUUGACAAGAUCCAAUGUGCCAAGACACUUAUUCUCAGUUUACAACAGCUCUUUAAUGAGCUCAUCCAGGAACAAGGUCCUAAUCUGGACAGGUCGUCUGGUCAUGUCAGUGGUAUUAAAGAACUCGCUCGCCGAUUUGCUCUUACAUUUGGUCUGGAUCAAAUUAAGACGAGAGAAGCUGUUGCUACCUUACACAAGGAUGGCAUAGAAUUUGCUUUUAAAUAUCCGAAUCCUAAUGGAGCAGACUUCCCUCCGCCAAACCUUGCCUUCCUGGAGAUUCUCGGUGAAUUCUCUUCCAAGCUUCUCCGCCAGGACAAGAAGACUGUUCAUGCAUACCUGGAGAAGUUCAUGUCUGAGCAGAUGAUGGAACGAAGAGAGGAUAUUUGGCUGCCUCUUAUAUCUUAUCGCAACUCGCUGCUUACUGGUGGUGAUGAUGACAGGAUGUCAGUGAUCAGUGGAGGCAGCAGUAGCAAAGCCUCCACAGUACGCAGCAAGAAAGGGCGUCCGCCACUUAACAAGAGGAGGACAGAUGAAGAGAGUGUGGAUGGCUCAUGGUUGACUAGGAAUGAUAGCAUACAGACUCCAGGAGUCUUGCAGGCACCACAGCUAACCUCCACAAUCAUGCGGGAAAAUCCCCGACAAGCAGCAGAACACAUGGAGGAUCAGGAAUCCGAACGAGGAUCUGAAUCUGAUUUUGUACAGAACCCUCAGAUGCAGAUGUCUUGGUUGGGCCAGCACAAGCUGGAGGAGGCUCACCGAAAGGACAGGGUGGCCAUGAACUAUAUAAAAGCCAGAGGUGGUGUAAGGCAGUCAGUCCGUAGCCACAGUUUGAUGGAAGAUGAUGCUGAACCAAUUUUUGAAGAUGUGAUGAUGUCAUCAAGGGGUCAGCUGGAGGAUAUGAAUGAGGAAUUUGAAGAUACAAUGGUUAUUGAUCUGCCUCCAUCUCGGAACAGACGUGAACGAGCUGAACUCAGACCAGAUUUCUUUGACUCCACUGCCAUAAUGGAAGAUGAUUCGGGUUUUGGAAUGCCUAUGUUCUGAGAGGCUGCUGGAAGUUUUAUAUUUUUAAGAACUCCAUCGUCUAAAGAGAAUCCAAGGUCUAAAAUACUGUGACAGCAACUUUUAAACUAAAUUUUACAUAUUCAAGAUCUGAUUUAUUUUUUAUCAAAGGAUAAACUUGAUGAAGAUUUGAUUAUGAUAAAUGGGGACACCUGAAGGAGGAAGCAGUAUAAAUGGUCUGUUGCUGAUGCAGACUGUUCCUAUGGACCGAAAAAAUGCAUCUUCCUGGGAAGGCUUACGUCCCAAAAUGAUCUGACAAACAGACUGUACCACUGCUGGGGAGUGCUAACAGUAGGAUUUUAAAAAAAGUUAUAUAUAUCAACCAGGAAUAAAUUGUAUUGAAAUCAUGAAGGCAUAUUUAAAAAAAAAUAGGGUGGCACAUACAGCAGUUGACACCAAACGUACAGAAUAAUUCCCUAUGAGUUUUUGUAAUUUUUUUCUGCUGUACAGUUUAAUAUAAAAAGAUAAGUUUUGAGAUCAGCAGUUUAUGUUAUGUUUUUUAAUUCAAGCUUAAAUUUUUCAGAAGGCAAAAAAAAAUGCUGAAAAAUUAGGUCAGGAGCAAGGCAAUUUUCUCACACUGGAGUUUGGUUUCUUUGUGGUAUGCAUUAAUUUUAUUGAGAAGGUGGGAUAGGAUAAACGGAAAGCAAUUGAAAAGCUUCUAUACAGUACAUGUAUAAAUGAGGGGCGGGGUUAGAAAUGUGACAUUGCUGCCACGUAUCACUGGUAACACCGAGUAAUCCAGAGGUUUUUUCUUAUUAAAAUCUGUAUGGCUCCUGCAAGCUAUUUCCUAUCAUAAUAAAAGCUGCCUUAUUUACUGUGAAGACUACUCAUUAGCUGAUUUAAGUUCGACUUCAGCAGAGUUGAGAUGUUUAAUAGCUCUGUGCAUUUUGCUUUUACUUUUAAUGCUCAGAACUUGACAGGAAUUCGGGAGCUAGGAAAUCGUCUUCUGAAAUACAAUUGGCUGCAAAGUGUUUAUGAACAGAUAACAUAUCAAGGCACAAUGUCUUGUUUUUAAAAAGCAGUUCCAAAAAAAUCAGUGUAUCCCUCCUAAAGGUGUAAAAUUUGGGUCAAAACCACAUUUCAUAAUUAAAUUCUGAUGAGCAGUUGCCCUUGAUUCCAGACUUUGUGUACAGUCAUGAUCAAUACCCACUUUUUGACUUUCAAAAUUGUUUAAAUGUACUUUUGCAGAUAUGUUAAUUUUAUACAAAACAGAUUUCAGUAAUCGACUAAAUGGAGGAUUGACCCUUCUGUGCUAGAAUGUGUGUUCCAUCUGUCUUGCUUCUGGUCAAAUUGCUUACCUUCAGAUUUUAAUUCUUCUUUUAAUGACUUUUUUCCACCUAAUUGUAUACUUACAGCUAGUGUCAGAAAUGAAAUUAAUUUUGAGAACUAUGGUUUUACAUUUUUAACACUCAAUUUCAACUGGAAGGGCAGUCUCCUAUAUAGAAAUUGACUAUUUGACACAAAAUUUCACAAUACAAAAACUAAUCAAAGAAUCUCAAGUGAAAUUGUUUGCUGAAAAUAUUUGAAAGCUACUGUAGUAAAUGGAAAGAAUAUUACAUAAUAAAUUUUAACUUUUGCUCACGUUUUGAAAAGUAGUUGUAACUUUAGGUUUUAAAUUCUAAGGUCAUAUGAGUCAUUUACUAAUCUACCAUUAAGUAAUUUAGAUGAACAGAAAAUCUGAUUUUAAAGGUCGACUUUUUGGUAGUGUUAGUAAGCAGUCGUGAAAAUAUGCGAUAUUGGUUAGUUUUGUACAGUACUUCUCAGACUAAACUGUCAAUGAUCUGAUCUAGUUCUGUGGACUGAGUGGUGCAUCGCUAGGUACUGCAUGGUUAGAACCAUCUCUGCAUUGAAACUUACACUGUGCGGUAAACUAUUUAAACCUAAAGUCUUGGCAGUAUUGUAGCAGAAUGUGAAACGGUGGUUUCAUGUUGGGUACCUCCAUGCUGGGCUCGAAAUUGAGUUUGAAGUUAAUACGUUUUAUAUUUUGAGUGUUACCUUGAUUGGUUUUACUAGUAAUACUGUAAAUUGUACAUUUUCAGUAUAAAAUUUCUUUUUGUACAUUUUAAAGCUGAUGCUUCACCUUUCCUUUAAUAAACUGUUUCAAAAAAUCUGUCGAGUCCUU